UGCUGCUCCGUCAAUGUAAUGUGGACACACUGGAGAAAUUUUCAUACUAGUUAGCUGUGAAAAGUAUUUAGCAGAAAUAGUUUUGGGAAACUACAGAUUUCGAGGCUAUUUCGGCGCUACUAACCAUCGUUCGCGGCAACCUCGACACCCAGCAGCAGCAGCAGCAGUGCACCAAUUCCCCGGACUCAAGACGCAAACGCAAACGCAAACAUGGGCGACGUGAUGAACAUCGACAGCAUAAUAUCGCGACUUCUGGAGGUGCGUGGGGCACGGCCAGGCAAGAACGUACAGCUCUCGGAAAGCGAGAUCCGGGCCCUGUGCCUCAAGUCGCGCGAGAUCUUCCUCUCGCAGCCCAUUCUGCUCGAGCUGGAGGCCCCGCUCAAGAUCUGCGGCGACAUCCACGGCCAGUACUACGAUCUGUUGCGUCUGUUCGAGUACGGCGGCUUUCCGCCGGAGUCGAACUACCUCUUCCUGGGCGACUACGUCGACCGCGGCAAGCAGUCGCUGGAGACCAUCUGCCUGCUGCUCGCCUACAAGAUCAAAUACUCGGAGAACUUCUUCCUGCUGCGCGGCAACCACGAGUGCGCCAGCAUCAAUCGCAUAUACGGAUUCUACGACGAGUGCAAGCGUCGCUACAGCAUCAAGUUGUGGAAGACCUUCACGGACUGCUUCAACUGCCUGCCGGUGGCGGCCAUUGUCGACGAGAAGAUCUUCUGCUGCCACGGCGGCCUCAGUCCCGAUCUGACCUCCAUGGAGCAGAUCCGUCGCAUCAUGCGCCCCACCGACGUGCCCGACCAGGGACUGCUGUGCGAUCUGCUCUGGUCCGAUCCCGACAAGGACACCAUGGGCUGGGGCGAGAACGACCGCGGCGUCAGCUUCACCUUCGGCGCCGAGGUGGUGGCCAAGUUCUUGCAGAAGCACGAGUUCGAUCUCAUCUGCCGAGCCCAUCAGGUCGUCGAGGAUGGGUACGAGUUCUUUGCCAAGCGCCAGCUGGUCACCCUCUUCUCGGCGCCCAACUAUUGCGGCGAGUUCGACAACGCCGGAGCCAUGAUGUCCGUGGACGACACGCUGAUGUGCUCGUUCCAGAUCCUCAAGCCGGCUGACAAGCGUAAAAAGUAAUAUCACACACUUGCAGCACCACGAGCAGUCUUUUUCUAUAUAAAACAAAUCAAUAAGAAAAUCAACCAACCCAAGAAACAAACAAAACAAAACGAAACACACCAACAACAACAACAAACACAAGAAAAACAAAACAAUCAGAAAUAAAAUGCUUUGAAACAACACAUCAGAUCAUGGAUGCAACCCGGGGCGAAUCGAAAUCCGCAUGAAAAUCCCUCAACAAGUCGGACAGCCAGCGAAUGCAUGGAGGAGCUGCGCUUCGAUCAAAGGACAUCAUCCUGGGUCCCAAGCAGAAGAAUGAAGUUUUUCCUUUUCCCCAUUGAGAUUUGAUUCGCAAUUACAAAAACACAUUGACAAAUACCAUGAUUAAAAGCCACAUACAUAUUUAUUUUUAAUAGCCCCGCAUAUACUUAUAUAUAUAUUGGUAUAUCUACCGACCAACCAUCCACCCACACUCGCACACACAUUGCCUACCCACACCUGCGAUUAUAGGUUUUGUCCAAAUUUUAAACACUAGGUAAACAGGUCCGUACAAGCAGAGCACCCAGCAUAAUAUUGGAUUAGUUGUACGGAGAGUAGCUGCUCAGUCGGUCACAAAAGCAUGCAUAUAGAAAGGGGGCCCCGUAGCGCUCUUUGGCUUUAAGAGUAUAAUGCAAAACAAAACGAGAAAAAUCGAAGAAGGGAAAUCGUUGAACAGAGGAGAACGCUUGCCAAGAAGUGAAAUAAACACUAAGUUUCGACCUUGAAUCAGUUUUUUGUUCGUCCACAUGCAGUCCGACCAAAUGGACCGGACCCCCCAGGAAAAUACCUGCACCGAAAUCAAUGAAAUUUAUUAUUUUGCCUCCAAAACUCCUUUCCGUUCGUCGCCAUCAAUCAAUUCGACCCCCUCCCCGUCAUUUUUAAGAUGUGUUUUUUUAAAAAUUAACUAUUAUUAAUAUGUAUUAUCAAUAAUCCUUUGUAUUAAUAAACAAAUGAUAUAAAACGUG